AAUAUAUAUGUAUAUAUUUAUAUAUAUUGAUUUAUAUUUACAUUUACAUGUCUGUAGAUAUAAAUUUUAGGCAAAAUUCUCUGGCGUAGAAAUGGCCUUAAGCGGGAUGGAGAUCGAUGGCAUAAUAGCUCAUUUGUGCAGCCUCAAGGGCGGCUAUUGCCAUCUGGAGGCGGACGUAAUUGGCGCACUGUGCCAACAGGUGCGUGAGGAGUUCGACAAGUAUCCAAUGCUCUUGGAGCUGAGUGCACCGAUCAACGUUUGCGGCGAUGUGCAUGGACAGUUCGAGGAUCUGUUGCGCAUAUUCGAGGCAUGUGGCUGGCCGUCAAAACACAACUAUCUAUUCCUCGGCGACUAUGUGGAUCGGGGUAAAAAGUCGCUGGAGACGAUUAGCCUGCUAUUUGCCUACAAGCUGCGCUAUCCGAACCAAAUGCAUCUGCUACGCGGCAAUCACGAGUGCGCGAGCAUCAAUAAGAUCUAUGGAUUCUUUGAUGAGAUGAAGCGUCGCUAUAGCAUCAAGCUGUGGCACUGCUUUGUGGAUUGCUUCAAUAAUCUGCCCGUUGCCGCUGUCAUUGACAAUCGCAUCUUUUGCUGCCACGGCGGCUUGUCGCCCUAUUUGGAUAGCAUGCAGCGGAUACGCGACUUGCCGCGGCCAACGGAUGUGCCCGGCUCCGGAUUGCUGUGCGAUUUGCUCUGGGCCGAUCUGAAUCAUAGUGGCGACGGCUGGGGCAUCAAUGACCGUGGCGUUAGCGUUACCUAUUCGGAGGUGAUUGUUCGGGAGUUUCUCAGUCGUUACGAUUUCGAUCUGAUCUGUCGCGCCCACGAGGUGGUCGAGGAUGGUUAUCAGUUCUUUGGACAUCGCAAUCUGAUAACCAUAUUCUCGGCGCCCAACUAUUGCGGCCAAAUGAACAAUUCGGGCGCUGUGCUCCGAGUCAAUAAGGAAUUGAACUGCUCGCUCACCAUCAUGAAGCCCAGUGAAUAUUACGCGUCCUGCAAGCCAACGGAGAAGUUGGCUUAUGCCUGAUAUUGAUUGGAUCUCCUUCUGCGAACUCAUCCUCCUAUUGCUAACUUUUAAUCUGAUUUUGUAACUUUGUAUAUAAUUGUGAACAUGUCCAAGUCGAAUUUUAUGAAAAUCAAAGCAUUCGGAUUCA